ACCACUGCUCCCCCAGGGUGACAGCUGAAGUGUCCUGGCCCAGAACCCAGCAGGGACAGAUGGCCAAGCAGCCCUGUCCUGUAGGGACACUAGGCGUAGCUACAUACGUGUGUGUUGCUCAGCAGGGCUACUGGGAUCCCCAAGGCCCCGACAUCAGCAACUGCACGUCUCCCUGGGUCAACCACAUCAUGCAGAAAUUGCGUAGCGGCGAGACGGCAGCCGUGGUUGCCAGGGAGCUGGCCGAGCAGACUAAAGGGUUGUUGCGUCCCGGUGACGUCCCCUCUACGGUGAGGGCCAUGGCCCAGCUGGUUGACCUGCUGGAUGUUCAGCUCAGAAACCUGACCCCCGGGGGCAAGGACAGCGCCGCCCGCAGCCUCAACAAGCUGCAGAAGAGAGAGAGGUUCUGCAGGUUUUUUCUCCAGGCCAUGGUUGAGACGGUGAACAACUUGCUCCAGCCCAGGGCCCAGGCAGCGUGGAGACAGUUGCCCACGGGGGAGCAGCUUCGCUGGGCUACCACCCUGCUGGACACGGUGGAGGCUGGAGCUUUCAUGCUGGCUGAUAACCUGCUGAAGACGGACACCGUGGAGGAGAUCACCGACAACAUCCAGUUGGAGGUGGUGAGGCUGAGCACGGAGGGGAAUCUGGCUGACCUGACCUUCCCCCAGUCCGAACUACAUGGGAACUCCAUCCAGCUGUCUGCUAGCACGCUCAAACAGCACGGGAGGAAUGGUGAGAUCCGCAUGGUGUUCGUCCUCUACAGGAACCUGGGCUCCUACCUGUCUACAGAUAAUGCCAGUGUUGGUCUGGGCAGCGAGGCUCUCUAUCCUAACUACUCUGUCAUAGUCAACUCUCCUGUUAUUACUGCUUCUAUCAACAAGGAGAGCAACAAGGUCUAUCUGUCUGAACCGGUGGUCUUCACUGUCAAACACCUGCAGCAUUCGGAGGAGAACUUCAACCCCAACUGUUCUUUCUGGAGUUAUUCCAAGCGGUCCAUGACCGGGUUCUGGUCCAGUCAGGACUGUCGACUACUGGACACCAACAGAACACACACCACCUGCUCCUGUACUCAUCUGACCAGCUUUGCUGUGCUGAUGGCACACGUUGAAGUCAAGAAAACAGACUCCAUGCAGGACCUUCUGCUGGAUGUGAUAACAUGGGUUGGUAUCCUGCUGUCGCUGGUCUGUCUCCUCAUCUGCAUCUUUACAUUCUGCUUCUUCAGAGGACUACAGUCAGACAGGAACACCAUCCACAAGAACCUCUGUAUCAGCCUCUUCAUAGCAGAGUCUCUGUUCUUAGUGGGCAUCAACAGAGCUGACCAACCGAUUGCGUGUGCCGUCUUCGCGGCCCUGCUCCAUUUCUUCUUCCUGUCAGCGUUUACCUGGAUGUUCCUAGAGGGGGUCCAGUUGUACAUCAUGCUAGUGGAGGUGUUUGAAUCAGAACACUCCAGAACCAAGUACUUCUACCUGGCUGGGUACGGGGUUCCUGCUGUUAUAGUGGCCGUCUCCGCUGCCGUGGACUACAGGAGCUACGGCACAGACAGAGUGUGUUGGUUGCGGUUGGACACAUAUUUUAUAUGGAGUUUCAUAGGCCCUGCCACGCUCAUAAUAAUGCUGAACGUCAUCUUCCUGGGUAUCGCCCUCUAUAAGAUGUUCCACCAUACAGCCAUCCUCAAACCAGACUCUGGGUGCCUGGACAACAUCAAAUCGUGGGUGAUUGGUGCCAUAGCUCUCCUCUGUCUGUUGGGUCUGACCUGGGCGUUUGGUCUGAUGUAUAUCAAUGAGAGCACAGUGAUCAUGGCCUACCUGUUCACCAUCUUCAACUCCCUACAGGGCAUGUUCAUAUUCAUCUUCCACUGUAUACUACAGAAGAAGGUGCGUAAGGAGUAUGGGAAGUGUUUGCGUUCCCACUGCUGCAGUGGUAAGAGUGUAGAGACCUCCAUCUCGUCCUCUGGAAAGAACCACACCACGUCUCGAACCCCAGGACGAUACUCCACGGGGUCGCAGGUCAUCUUGCCUGCCUGUACACCUGGACGCUACUCCACAGAAGACUCCCAGAGUCGUAUCAGGAGGAUGUGGAACGAUACAGUGAGGAAACAGGAGUCAUCCUUUGUGACAGGAGACAUCACCAGCUCAGCCACACUCAACAGAGGAGCGAUGGCUAAUCAUCUGUUAACUAAUACUCUCCUUCAUCCCCAUGGUUCUAACCAUCCUUAUAACUCUCUGCUGGGGGACACCAACCACCAAGCAGUCUGUAACAACCCCAACGUGGCUGGCAUGUACAGCACACAAGCCUCCUACAGAGACACAAAGGGAAUCCUAAACAACGCUCGAGACACCGGCGUCACGGAUACGCUCCCUCUCAACGGCAACAACUACAGCGCGGCGAGCGGCGACUACCUCAGCGACAGCGUCCAGAUUCUGGAACGAGGCGGCGUCAGCGGUUACAGUACCUACGGCAACCACAAGGAGACGACGACAUUAGAAAAGCAGAUCCUUAAAGAGUUAACGUCCAACUACACCCCUUCGUACUCGAACAACCACCAGCGCUCAGCGACCACCGAACGCAACCACAACCUGAUGAAUAAGAUGGUCAACAUCGGUAACGGCACCGGCAAUGCGGGCGGCCUGGUCGGUAACGGCAGUAACGGAAUCGGAAUUGGUGGCGUAGUCUGCGGCGGGAGUAACCGUGACUACGACUUGAGUAACGACGGUGUCGACGUUAGUCACAUGGUGCUGGAUAACCCCAACGCUGCCUUCCCAUUGGAUGAGAAUUUGGGAUUGGAGAUUAUAAGGGAGGAGUCGAACGCCCCCCUCCUCCCGCCCCGCCCUCUGCCUCCCCCGGACAGCCUCCCCCACCCUCACCCUCCUCCCCCGCCCCCCCAUAACUCUCCCGCCCCGGCGCCCCCAGGAGACCAGCGAGAGCUUCUUCCCCUCCUGACCAACGAGCAGACGGACGAGACGCCGCAGUCGCCCAAUCACAGAAACUCUCUGUACACCUCCAUGCCCGUGUUAACGGAUUUACCGGACGGCCACGGUAGUCACGGGCAGAUGAACGGUUUAGCGGACGGCGAGAUGGACGACAGCAGGGAGAUUCAGGCCGGUACCAGCAGCACCGGGAGCGAACCGGGGCCGGAGGCGGAUGAUGUUUACUAUAAGAGCAUGCCAAACCUGGGGUCCAGGAACCACCUCCACCAGCUCCACCAUUACUACCAGAUGGGGCGGGGGGGCAGCGACGGCUACAUGGUACCUGUCAACAAGGAGGAUUCUGAUUCGUCGCCCGAGGAGCCCCUGACCCCUGUUGACCCCUCCCAACUGGUCACGAGCCUAUAGACCAAUGAGAAGACUCUAAACCCCUUAUUUUCCGGGUCCCACCUUCUUUUUUAGUCCCGCCUCCCAGAAUAGUUAUAUGUUGAUGAUUGAUUGACAGUUGGCGCUGACCAAUGAAGGCCUGGUUGAACGCACUCGCUUCCUGAUUCUUUCCUGUGGUUAGUGACAAUAGGGACGAUACCGAUUGGAUAGAUAAUGGAUUGUAUUUAGACCAGAACGAACUAAACUGGGUGGUUCGAAAACCGAGGAGGUUUUUUUUUUGUGAAUAUUCUUCAGGAAUGUAUGAAGUAGUUCCUGAAGGAGGGGAGUAUCUGUCAGGCCACCUGUCUUGAUAGACGUUUCCUGGGUCGUAGCCCAGAAACAUCCUACCAUGGACCUGUAGCAGAUCCUAGCUGAGUCUUUUUUCACUGUCAAAACCCAUCAGACUGCUCUUCCAAGCCCUGGACACUGGUCGAAAGUAUCUAGCCAAUCGCCAGGCUUCUCCUUCUUCUUCUACUACCCGACCUGCCAAUAGAGUAGAGUAUGUAUGAUUUUUUUUUAAACGCCCCCCCCACAUAACUAUUUUAUUAGACGACAUGUUGUUGUAAACACUGUAACCAUGGCUACAGAUGACAGGGUAGUUCGAGGAGCUCCUAUGUGUUUUUACAACCGUCUCUUCCGCCUGUCUGAUGAACUGAACUGAACCGGAGGGUGGAAAGUUACAUUCAUCCUGUUCCUGCAAGGUGUACGAGACUCAACUGAACUGAACCGGAGGGUGGAAAGUUACAGUCCUGUUCCUGCAAGGUGUACGAGACUCAACUGAACUGAACCGGAGGGUGGAAAGUUACAGUCCUGUUCCUGCAAGGUGUACGAGACUCAACUGAACUGAACCGGAGGGUGGAAAGUUACAGUCCUGUUCCUGCAAGGUGUAAGAGACUCAACUGAACUGAAACGGAGGGUGGAAAGUUACAGUCCUGUUCCUGCAAGGUGUUCGAGACUCAACUGAACUGAACCGGAGGGUGGAAAGUUACAGUCCUGUUCCUGCAAGGUGUACGAGACUCAACUGAACUGAACCGGAGGGUGGAAAGUUACAGUCCUGUUCCUGCAAGGUGUAAGAGACUCAACUGAACUGAACCGGAGGGUGGAAAGUUACAGUCCUGUUCCUGCAAGGUGUACGAGACUCAACUGAACUGAACCGGAGGGUGGAAAGUUACAGUCCUGUUCCUGCAAGGUGUAAGAGACUCAACUUAACUGAACCGGAGGGUGGAAAGUUACAGUCCUGUUCCUGCAAGGUGUAAGAGACUCAACUGAACUGAACCGGAGGGUGGAAAGUUACAGUCCUGUUCCUGCAAGGUGUACGAGACUCAACUGAACUGAAACGGAGGGUGGAAAGUUACAGUCCUGUUCCUGCAAGGUGUACGAGACUCAACUGAACUGAACCGGAGGGUGGAAAGUUACAGUCCUGUUCCUGCAAGGUGUACGAGACUCAACUGAACUGAAACUGAGGGUGGAAAGUUACAGUCCUGUUCCUGCAAGGUGUACGAGACUCAACUGAACCGGAGGGUGGAAAGUCACAGUCCUGUUCCUGCAAGGUGUACGAGACUCAACUGAACUGAACCGGAGGGUGGAAAGUUACAGUCCUGUUCCUGCAAGGUGUAAGAGACUCAACUGAACUGAAACGGAGGGUGGAAAGUUACAGUCCUGUUCCUGCAAGGUGUACGAGACUCAACUGAACUGAACCGUUCGAUGUUGCAGAGGUUCCCUAUGAACUAGACAAAGAUGAAGGAUUAGAAAUGGACUUAAACAGAUGCAAACAGAUGCAUUCUCCCCUCCAGGGGGGGGGGGGGGAGAAUGUUUAUAUUUCUGUACGUUUUUUAAAAAUGUUCCUCUGUAACCAUGGCUACAGACGACAGGGUAGUUAAGAUGAUUUCUAUGUGUUUGUACAGAAUGUAGAAUAGUGUUGCGUCAGGACUGCCUGGGAUACGCCUCUCGGUGUUUCUGCUUUUCGUUUUGUACCUUUGGGACUGUAAUGGUGGUGAAGAACGUGUCGUUCUGUGCGGCUGUACGAUGUGAACUCCUGUGCAGCCAAUCACAUCGCUUUACAGGAACAACCUUCGUUCUCACUGCUUCUUUACACGACAACAUAUGGAAAAUCACUAUGGGAUUGAUACAUACACACACACACACACACACACACACACACACACACACACACACACACACACACACACACACACACACACACACACACACACACACACACACAUACACACACACACACACACACACACACACACACACACACACACACACACACACACACACAUACACAUACACAUACACACACACACACACACACUUCAUCCUCGGUCGUUUUCUAUCUCGAAACAUCUCCAUCCCUUCUAUUUUGAGAAAUCAAUCGAUAUAUAUAUAUUUUUAUCACUGUGUAGAUUUGCAAACCAUGGGGGGGGGGUGCAUAAAGUGAUAUAUGACAAUGUCGUGUGGGGGACUUCAGACGGUUACUAUGGAAACCAGAGAUUCUGUAUAGAUGGAACACUCCCCCCACACACACACACACACACACACACACGCUCUCUCUCUCCAUAGGUUCUGUUGACGCAAACCAAACAACACAGAGGAAGCCUGUAUAUUGAGUUGAAGCGUAAUGGGGGAAGCUCCCCCUCAGAUAGCGUGGGAUAUGGGUUGAACUUUUGACAUGAAAACAUCUGAGAAAACAUCUGAUUUUAGGUUGAGCCGUCUCUCGUCAAAAGGGAAAUGCCACUAUUCCUGUAUAAGGUGGGUCCCUGUCUGUGAGAGAGGACAUGAUUCUAUAGUGGAGAUGAAACUACACUGUCCCCAAUGUGGAGACCAACAAAAAAAUGUUUAACUUAUUUAAAGAGGCGAGCUUUCUGAAGUGUAGCUUAAACAUGUAUAUCCCACGGACUGUACCCCCGAUAGAGAGAGAGAUGUGGUUUAUUUAUCUGUUUACAGGUUCCAAAUGGAAACUUAUUCCCUUUAUAGUGCACAUAGUCCAUUAGGGCACUUUAAUCUAAAGUAGGUCACUAUAGAGGGAAUAGACUGCCGUUUGGAACGUAUCCAGAGAGAAACAACAAACUAAACUCAAGAAGUUAUGAUUUCAGGGCAGAGAGAGAGAGAGAGAGAGAGAGAGAGAGAGAGAGAGAGAGAGAGAGAGAGAGAGAGAGAGAGAGAGAGAGAGAGAGAGAGAGAGAGAGAGAGAGAGAGAGAGAGAGA